AUGACCCCCUGUUCCUAUCUCACACGCAAACUGGAUGCGAAUGGGCCAUCGGUCAGCGCCUUGAGCUAUGGGGCGAUGGGCAUCGGCACGUACUACGGGAUAGCCGAUGAAAGGCAAUGCCUCGGCACGCUGACCUACACCGCCGACGGGGGAUUCAGGGGGAUGACAGGCGAGACGAUCCGCAAAUGGUUCACGACCACCGGAAGGCAGUCGGAUAUUUUCCUGGCGACCAAGUUCGGCGCGGUCGACCAGACUCCUGGGGCGGAGAACCCGUACAGAACAGCAUGCCCACGAGUGGAUCCUGGGGUGCCCAUCGAUGGUGAGUUGAGUAGUCGACUCUCAUCCUCUGGCGCUGCUCGUCUGUUCAGCGGAGAACUCGUGGUGGAGUCCCUCCGCCCACGUGUCGAAUCAGGUAAGAUCAAGUAUAUAAUUGCCGUCCAGAUAGUAGUCAAUCCAUUUGACCCGGAGGUUAUCGAGUCUGGAUGCCCUGCUGCGACACAAGAGCUCGGCGUGGGGAUUGUGGCAUAUUCUCCCCUUGGUAGAGAAUUUGUUCAGGAGUUGAGAAGCUCAGAGCUACUUACAGGUGACCAGUACGGUGAGACGCCGCGUCAGACGGCGCUUCCCCGGAUGUUCACAGAAUAUCCGGACAUUGUCCCCAUCCCAGGGACGAGGGAUGUGAGUCGACCAGUACUACAGGAAAAUGCCAAGGCUGCAGAGAUCGAGUUGUCCACCGGAGACCUAGGAGAGUUGAGUGAUGCUGUCGAGGCUGGAGGAUCCCCUGCCGUUGGGUAA